AUGAGAAUCGUCAUUAUCGGGGCUGGCAUCAGCGGAUGCGCUGUGUAUCUUCAGCUUAGGAAACACCUGAAAGGAGAUCCACACAUCACCAUUUACGAAGCAUACGAUACUGCCCGAGACACCACUGCAGAGAACCGCGAACAAGGCCCAACGCACUCAUCAACCCUCAUUGUCGGGGGUGGACUUGCCAUAGCGCCAAAUGGGCUCGGUGUCCUGCGCCGCCUGGAUGACGACCUCCUCCGGGACAUCACGCGAAACGGCUACGUUACAUCUCACUCCAAUCUGAAAGACAAAAAUGGCAACAUCCUUAUGCGAAUGGAGCCUGGCCUCGUGUCGGAUAUGUACUCCGUUGCAUGCAGUCGCCAUUCGCUUUGGAGGUGCCUUCGCGAUCGCAUUCCAGAUGACCACAUCGUCAACAAACGGGUGUUGGGUGUGACUGCCAAUUCGGAAGGGAAGAAUAUUGUUCGCUUUGUCGAUGGCAGCGACCCUGUUGAAGCCGACCUCGUCAUUGGAGCUGACGGCGUCCGAUCCGUUGCCAAAGAGGCUCUCUUCCCAGAUGCCAUAGAGAAUCCGUACCCCCCGAACUAUGAGGGCCUUGUUGGCAUCGGAGGUUUUGUCCCGGCCGACGAUGUCAGGGAGGGUGUCGGCAAAGGAUCCAUCAACUUUGUGUUCGGCGGCAGUGGGUUUUUUGGCUACUUCUUCUCUGACAGUUCUCCAUCUGACGCGGAACGUGACUCCCCUUCUCAUGUAUGCGAGCCGGGUGAUUCCCUCGCCUGGUGGUCAACCUACGAGAUCAAGGAAUGCCCUGAUCCCAAGUCUCUGGACAUGGAUGACGUUAUGCGCCAGUUGAGAGAAAGACAUGGCCAGUGGAAGGAUCCAGUGGUCCAAAGCGUCCUCAAGUCCGCUCACGUUCAGAACAUGUAUCCAACCUGGACGUCACCGGAGCUUCCAACCUGGGAGCGCCACGGUGUUGUUUUACUGGGCGAUGCUGCACAUGCUCUCCCACCCACUUCAGGCCAGGGCGCAUCUCAAGCUCUGGAAGAUUGCGAGACGUUUGCCCUUUUCUUGGCCUAUCAUCUCAGUGAUAGAAGUGAGUUGGACGACUCCUCGAACGAUGCAUCCCUCAAGCAAGCCAUCAACAAAGCUGCCAAACAGUACAUGGACCUCCGUCAACCACGUGUUAGAGGUAUACUCAAGGCAGCACAGAAGAUGCAGAACUCGAAGCGCACGAUGGGCGCUAUCCAAGAGUAUGCAAUGUACACGUUCAUGAAGGUCAUCGGCUUCUUUCCUAGUCUUGCAACAAAGCCGACCCGGAUGGUGAUUGAGUACAACAUUGCCGAGGAAGUCGCUCGAGUUCUUGGUACUGAGAGCUGA